AGGAAAACGUUCACCCGAGUUGACACCUUUGACACUAAUGGCGAACGGUGUACAAAAUGUAAUCGGUAUUCUUUAACUGGAUUUAUUUUAUUAUACUCAAUAAAUGUGGCGGUUUAAUUGUGGACGGUAGUUUAAGAAUAGAUGUUAUUAUAAUUUGGUGUAAUUAUUCCUCCUAGUGCCUGUUAUCUGGAGCAGAUAUGUCUUCAGAUGAAGAAAAACCACCCGCUCCUCCUGUACGCUUAACGUCUAAUAGGGGAACCGACCUGAGUAACAACGCAUUGGCGGUCGACCGACCGUUGCCCAAAGAACCGGAGGAUGCCGAACGUAAGAAGAAGACUUUAAAAUCGAAAAUGAAAAGCAACAAGUCGACGUUGCACAUGUCCGAUAAACCUAAUAUAUCAUAUCCUACUAACUUCGAGCAUACGGUUCACGUCGGCUUCGAUCCGGUAUCGGGUGAAUUCACGGGAAUGCCGGAAGCAUGGUCUCGUCUGUUGAUGAAUUCGAACAUCAGCAAACAAGAACAGAAGAAGAAUCCGCAAGCCGUAUUAGAUGUUCUUAAUUGGUACGACAAUAGCUCUAAAGAAACGCCUAGCACGAAGUACAUGACAAAAGCCACUGCAACGACCCACUCAGGUUCGUCAUUGAGUCGAGUAUCGAGUUCCAGUCCGAGCAGUACAACACCAACAGAGGCGGAGGGAACAAUCCAGUCUUAUCAUAGCCCAGUACAUGUCGUUAAUUCGGAAGCGGAAGAUGAACCACCUCCUCCUCCAAUUGCGAGCCGACCCGAACGAACUAAGAGCAUUUACACCAAACCGAUCGAAGAAGUUCAAAAUACGACGACAAAUAACAGUACUCAUACGCCUACGCACAGUUUAAGCCCCGUACAUACGACACCGACACACGUCACCAACGCAAACACCCCACCCGGCGCACCGAUGUUAGAUAGGAAUAAAAAUCAAGCAGGCUCCGAAAUAUCGAGGGCGGCGUCGGAGAAGAGAAAGAAAAAGAUGACAGACGAUGAAAUUUUAGAGAAACUUAGGAGUAUAGUGUCGGUCGGCGAUCCUAAUAGAAAGUACGCGAAAAUGGAGAAAAUCGGACAAGGAGCUUCGGGUACGGUAUAUACGGCAAUUGAAACGUCGACGGGUGUGGAGGUAGCUAUAAAACAAAUGAACCUAUCGCAACAGCCGAAGAAGGAGUUAAUUAUUAAUGAAAUUCUAGUCAUGCGAGAGAACAAGCAUAUGAACGUUGUAAAUUAUUUGGAUAGCUACCUUGUUUCGGAGGAAUUAUGGGUUGUGAUGGAAUAUUUACCUGGUGGAUCGUUGACGGACGUUGUGACCGAGACAUGUAUGGAUGAGGGUCAGAUAGCUGCCGUAUGUAGGGAAGUAUUACAAGCACUUGAGUUCCUUCAUAGCAAUCAGGUGAUUCAUAGAGACAUAAAGUCUGACAAUAUUUUGCUCGGCCUAGAUGGAUCCGUUAAAUUAACUGAUUUCGGUUUCUGUGCACAAAUUAGUCCCGAGCAAUCUAAAAGGACGACGAUGGUAGGUACACCGUAUUGGAUGGCGCCGGAAGUUGUGACUAGGAAACAGUACGGCCCGAAGGUAGACGUCUGGUCGUUAGGAAUAAUGGCUAUUGAAAUGAUCGAAGGGGAGCCUCCGUAUUUAAACGAGAAUCCAUUAAGGGCGCUUUAUCUUAUCGCGACCAACGGUAAACCGGAGAUUAAGGAGAAAGACAAAUUAUCCCCUGCCUUCCAAGAUUUUUUAGACCAAUGUUUAGCCGUCGAGGUUGACAAGCGAUCGUCGGCGCGUGAUCUUCUAAAGCACCAGUUUUUGAAAUCUGCCCGGCCAUUGGCCAGCCUAACGCCACUAAUCCUCGCGGCGAAAGAUGCAGCUAAGGGUCACUAGCGGUAGCUACACCGGCCGCAGGCAAGAGACUAUAACGAGCCAUAUAACUAGAAUUAUUUCCCCCUUCCUCUCUUGACAUCUUAUGCGGUUGUACGUUGUUAGAUAGUUCUAGUUGUAUGGAUCAUAGUAUUUAUAAAAUAGGACAAAGCAUUUAAUAGUGACGAAUGACGUGUGCCUAAUUUCACAAUAAUAAGCAGCAUUGCAUCAUAAUUUUAUAUAUUUGUAAAUAGUUUACAUUUUAUUUUCGAUGGGAAAUUAAACGUUUCAUUUUUGUUAAAUAAAUUUUUGUGCGUGAUAACGUUUUAAUCUCCCAUUACAUAUUUUGUUUAUCCGAUGUUAAACAUCAUAAAUUUUAUUAGUACAGGAGUAUCAGGAAAGUUGCAUAUGAUGAAUAGAGGCCGAUUUUAUAUUGUACUACCAAAGCUUGGGCAUUUUUCGGUUAUGCUUCACCACAGAUUGUUUUACCAUAGAAAAAAAAUGCUUGUAUCAUUUGCAACCUUCUGACAAGAAGAAAUGAAUUACUUUGUAGACCUUGAUGCUCAUACUAGAUUAUUUAAAAAAAAAUUAUGAGUGCAUAUAUGACAUCUUUCAACAUGUUGUUUCGUUAUUACAUUAUUCGUGACAUUUUUCGCAUUUUAAGUUUCAUACAAAAAAAAAAGUAUUAAAUACAAUAACGUUCAACUUGUCGAAAGUGUAUACCUACCUAUAGUAGUUGUAAAUGAGUGAAUGAAGAAAUUAGGUAUAGUAUUUUUGCACUAGUAUUUAUGAAUGAAUAUAUUUCAUAACGUGAUUGCGCUAGAACAUUAUUAUAGUACUUUGUGCAUUGUUGCCAAUUAGGUUUAAAAUGUACGAAGUGUGGUAUCUAAUAAAUAAAUCAUUUUAUAUUUAA